AUGGGUCACAGAUGUGCAUCAUGGCAGAGGAUAUAUAAUGAUUAUGCAAGACCCUUUCUACGUUCAUGCUGGUUGGUACUUGUCAAUGCAUAUACAGAAUUCCCAAUUGCUGUACCAAUGCAGUUGACAACAUCCUCUGCUACUGCCAGAAUUGUAGCUCAAGUCUUGGCCGUUGAAGGACUGCCCACCACCGUCAUAUCAGACAAUGGUCAACAAUUUAUGUUGAAGGAAUUUUCAUAUUUUUACAAUGGUCAACAAUUUAUGUUGAAGGAAUUUUUAGAUUUUUGCAACCACAACAGCAUUUUUCAUGUGUGUACCACACACUUCCAUCCUCAGUCGAACAGCGAGGCAGAGCGAUUCAUUCACAUGUUCAACCAGCGAAAGCUCAAGGUUAAGGAAUGCCACACUAAAGAAGAUGCUUUGUUGAUUUUUCUAGGUUUCUACCAUUACAUUCCCAUCAGACAGCAUUCAGCAGCUGAAUUACUGCACGGAUGGAAACAAUGGACAUUGCUAAUCUCUUGCACCAUUUGUCUAGCAAAGAGCACCUGGUAA